AUUCCAGUGCAGAGGAGCAACGCCGUUCCAGUAGAGGCUUCUUUUCGACCUUGUUUACCUCUAAACGUCACCACUUUCAGUGUUGUUCAUCCGGGGAGUUUCAACAUGGCAGCCGCCAUGGCUGGCACGAGUGAAGAUUUUCCCAGUGAAAUACAAGACCAGUUAAGCAGUUUUGAUGAUUCUUUAACAAAGGUUGAAGACACUUUAAAACCAUUAUUAAUGACUCCUUUGAAUGAGGUACACGAAAAGCUAAAUCCUCUUGACUGUGCCAAAGUAAACCUCGUGGCCGCAUAUGCAGUGAACUCUUUAUUUUGGACAUAUUUAAAUGUCAGAGGGGAAAAUCCAAAAGAGCACCCAGUGAAGCAGGAAUUGGAUCGUAUAAGGGGAUACAUGAACAGAGUCAAAGAAAUCCAGGAAAAGGAGAAAGCACCAAAGCUUGAUAAGCCAGCCUCUAAAAGAUUUGUGAAGAGUGCUCUGUGGCAAGCAGCACAUGCAAAAGCAAGUGCCCAGAAAGAUGAUGGUGCCUCAACAAGCCAAGCGGAUACAUCAAGAUUGCAGCCACAACCAAAAAGACAAAGGCUGAAUGAACAAAAUGAAAGUUCAAAAUCAGAAAGCGGAAAGAAAGAAAAAAGAACAGCAAAAUGUAAUACUGGACAAAAAAAUUUAAAGAUUGAAGGAACUAAUUGAAAGUUUUAGAUUUUUAUUUCCUAUCAAAUUACUUUCUAUCAAGGGUCUUCUUGCUGUUACAAAAUCCUACAUAAGAUCUCUGUGGGACUUCAAAUGAUCAAGCUAUUUUUAUGUAACUACUUUGCUCCUAAAACUGACAAAGCAGCAGACGGGGUUGGGUUAGGUACCUGAAAUAAGGCCUAGAUAUUGCUUGUCCUGUACCUCAUGUAUGGCAAGAAAUGUCUGCUGCCUAUUCCUCUCAAUGUGAAGGAGGUUUUUAACAUAAUUUACUAACAGCUAGUAGACCUCCGGUAGAAAGUUCUUUCAGCUCAACUAGUUGAAGAAAUGAAAACGGCAUACAAUAUUAUUCAAAUACCUUUUAUUUCUUCCAAACUAAAUAGACUAGGAAUUAUCAUUCCAUUAGAUUUUAAACCACUUGAAAUAUUCUAAAAUUAGUAUUCUUACCAUUUUAAUGAUUGUGAUUAAACUACUUAAGAUAUGUCCUGCAAUGCUUGAAGAAGAUAUAUGAAAUGCUGUUGUUGGCUACCAAGCAUUUGGUAUUUAUCCUGUACAUGAACUUACAGAAAAUAUACACAACUUUGAAAAAGUAAA